AAAUACCAGUCUUUCUAGUUCAAACCCGAUCCGAUCGACCCCAAAAUAUAUCGAGCCUCGACUGUAUUGUCCUUCUCUCUUUCUGAAACCCUAGACCGAUAGACGACACGGUCACACGGUUAACACUCUCCUUCCUCACUUUGAAACCCUAGAAGAAAGCUCAAAUCUUCCACUUCCAUUCAUUCCGAUUGCAAUCUUCCCUUCCCCAAAACCCAACGAUCCAGAUUUUCAUCUAUUGGGGUUCAGAGUCUAAUUCAGCCUCCAAUUCUUCGUUCUUGUUCUCUAUUAGUCUUUCGGGCUGUGCUGUUGAUAUUGAAUUUAAGCCGAGACAUAUUGUGAGGCUGAGGGUCCUAUUUAGUCCAUGUUGUUUUUGUGCUUUUGACACCAAAAGCAAGGCCAGGCUGGGUGUUGUCUUGAUCAAAAUUAUUCUGUUCAGCAUUUGGUUGAGAGCCUUUAUAGAUCAGGCAAUAAUGGUCCACCUCCUUAUCAGAUGUUGAUUAAUGGAUCCUGAAGGCAAAAAGUUUGGAAGAGGGCCAAGGGAACUUACAGGUGCUGUGGAUCUUAUUAAUCACUACAAGUUGUUGCCCCACCACGAGUUCUUCUGCAAGAAGUCACUUCCUUUAUCGAUUUCUGAUACACACUACCUUCACAAUGUGGUGGGAGAUACAGAAAUCAGAAAAGGGGAAGGGAUGCAAUUGGAUCAGAUGAUUCAGGAUAUCUCCUAUUCAAGAGAUACUAAUACUCGCAUACAGCCGUUUGACCUUGACGUCCUCAGAGAAGCCUUUCAACUGAGGGAAACUUCUCCCAUUGAUCUUCCUCCUGCAGAGAAAGGAAUUCCUACUGUUGCAGGGAAGUCUAAGAGUGAGUCAAAAGACAAGGAGAGGAAGCAUAAAAAGCACAAGGACAAAGAUAAGGAGAAGGAGAAGGAGAAGGAGAAAGAACAUAAGAAGCACAGGCACCGUCAUAAAGAUCGAAGUAAAGAUAAGGAAAAGGAGAAAAAAAAGGAGAAAAGUGGGCAUCAUGAUUCUGGUGCUGAACAUUCAAGAAAACAUCAUGAGAAGAAAAGGAAGCAUGAUGGAGAAGAAGAUCUUAGUGACAUUCAUAGACACAAGAAAAGUAAGCAUAAGAGCUCAAAGAUCGAUGAGAUGGGUGCAAUAAAGGUCGCAGGCUGAAAGGUGGCAAUGUAGUAUUUUCUUUAGUUGUUGUGCUCAGAUGUUCAGUUGAGAAUUUGGGAGGAAUCUGUUACUUAUUGUUGUCAAAUUACUUGAGAACAGACUCUGGACUAACUAAAGAUUGUCAAGAAGGUGAAUUCACCUGUUCAAGGACAUCUGAGUGCAAGUUACAAAUUGCUGAAAAUGAACUUCUUUGUAUCAUAACAAGGUUCUGAUAUAAUUAGCAGUAAUGUGCAAAACUUUGAUCUUUCCAUUCAGUCUUUAAUAGCAUAGCUCAUCAGCAUUUUCUCUUCAUCAAAAUCUUUUUCUUAUUUUAGAAUUUAGAAGGUUGAGUUUUUUUAUUCAGUCAGAAAUGAUCUUGCGGCUUAGAGUAGUGGAGUGAAUAGGUUAACAAAAGUGCCGAGUGUAUUUUGAUUUAUUUUAGCCUUUCUGACUAACGUGUCUCAAUUAUCCAAAAAGGAAGCCUGUUUGUAAGGUUUUAUGAGUAAACUGUAUUAUCAGAUGAAUCCCCGGAUAGUGAAGGAUAGUGAAGGUGAACGAUUCUCUGUAAAUAGAAAAAAUCAAGUUAUUGAGGACAUUAUGACAAUUAUUGGUAAAUUGUAUGUUUAUGGGGUAUGAAGGUGAAUUAUUUCUGUAUAUAGAAAAAGUCAGGUCAUUGAGGACAUUGCUAAUAUUAUGAAAAUUGCUUUUAAAUUGUAUGUCUGUGGUGAGGACUUCACAUUGCUUUUAAGCCUCUCUCUCUCUCUCUCUCUCAAAAAAAUAAAAUAAAAUUGUGAAAGGCGUUUGACAAACGCAGGUCUAUCAGUUGCUUUCUAUUCAUAUACCAAGAGGAGAUGCAUUCUGAAUGGCUGCUGUCCAUUUAUUUGCCUUCUGUAGUUGGUUUGUGUGUUUUAUACGUGAAAAGGAAAAACCUAUGAAACCAUUAAAGCAGUUUUUGCAGCAUCUUCUGCCAGAUUGCAACUGACAGACUCUUGCACUUUUUAGGCUUUGAUCCGUUAUGUUUGGCCUAUAUGUUUCAGGGUUGUAUCUCAGAUGGACAAACUCACUACUAUUGACAAAUUAACAUUGUUAAAAUUUUCAUUGAAAAUGGCAGGAAACAUUGGAUGGUAACAGAAAUAUUUUGGUUUAGUUAAGGUUGAACCCUAUGCACCCUUGGCAAUGGUGGGAGCUGUGUACUGGGCCUAGCCAUAUAUACUAAUUGGGGAAAAAAAAAAAAAACAAAAACAAAAA